AUGCAGCACUUACACGGUCCGUCGGGAGCUGAAUGUGUGACUAUCGCGACGGAGCAAAUCGAAUCGGUGCGGCUCGCCGGCCCGCACGUGCUGAAUUUACCGUUUGAUCGGUCAUCCUACAAUCCCACCAGUUUGUUCGUAUUGUUUGGAGUAAAAUGGAAAGUUGACGUGGAUACGAGAACUUCUAUUGAUAGUCAAUUUUCGAAGUCCAUAGCGGAACGCGAGGCGCAUCGC